CAGGAGACAAGAGUGUGGCCAUGUCAUCAGCUGACUUCCUGUACCAAGAUAACUUUACCGAUUACUUUGAAGAUUAUGAGGAGGAUGAGCCAUUCCAGGCUCAGGCCCACUUUAGUCAUGCACGGAUUGCUUCUCUGGUGCUACAGAUGAUGGCUUUUCUCUUAGGAGUUCCUGGCAAUGCAAUAGUUAUUUGGAUCAUGGGCUUCAAAUGGAAUAAGACAGUCACAUCCGUCUGGUUCCUCAACUUGGCAAUUGCAGACUUAAUAUUUCUUUUGUUCCUUCCCCUGUAUAUUGCCUAUAUCUUCAUGGGCUUUCACUGGCCUUUUGGGAAAUGGCUGUGCAAAGCAAAUACUUUUAUUUCCUUGCUCAACAUGUUUGCCAGUGUCUUCUUUCUGACAGCAAUCAGCCUUGAUCGUUACGUCCAUCUGAUCCACCCUGCUUUCUCCUACAGGCAUCGGACACUUGGGAAUGCCUCUAUCCUAGUUCUACUCAUUUGGAUUUUGGCUACAGUUCUUGGAAGCCCAGCACUAUAUUUCAAGGACACCCUUAUAUCACCCCAAAAUGUCACCAUAUGCUAUUACAACUUUCACCAUGACUUGGAUAUUAUCGUAUUCAGGCAUCACACGCUUACAUGGAUAAAGUUCAUUUGUGGCUAUCUCUUUCCGCUUUUAACUAUGAUUGUUUGUUAUUCCUUUCUGGUUAGCCAGGUUAAAAAGAGUACAGUACUAACCUCCAGUAGGCUCUUCUGGACUAUUUUUGUUGUUGUGGUGGUGUUUUUUAUUUGCUGGACCCCAUAUCAAAUAUUUAGCAUUCUGGAACUGUCAGCUCAUCAUAACGUCUUUUUGCAUGAAUUGCUUGAAAAUGCCAUGCCUCUUUCGAUCGGCUUUGCCUUCCUUAAUAGUUGCCUGAACCCUAUCCUUUAUGUCCUUCUCAGUAAGAAGCUCUCAUCCUGCUUUAGUGUGACAUUCUCAGAGUUGGUCAAACACACCCUGUGGGAAGUCAGCCGGUCUGCUACAGUCAGCGAUCACGGCCAGAAUUCCCUGAGUCUGCAGUUGACUGAAGUCCCAGUGAUAGAACACCCUCUGGAGGAAAUUUUGCAAUGACUGCAUCCCCUCUUUGUAAACUAAAUUCAAUUUAGCACCAGAUUAACAUACAGUAUGUCUGGAUACAAAUAAGUAAGCGAGCAUAGUAGAUAAAACUUUUUAGAAAUUCUGUUAACAUCUCUUAACUUUUGACAGAGCUCUGAGAUGAUAUAUGACUCUCUUGAUUCCUGCCACAACUCUUUUAUCAGUCAAAUUGUGAUGAAAUAGAACAGUGGUUCCCAAACUUGACAACUUUAAGACUUGUGGACUUCAACUCCCAGAAUUCUCCAGCCAGCUCUGCUGUUUGGGAACCACUGAAAUAGAAUAAUGUAAAUGUAUGACUGAAGGCUUCAACAUAUUACUUGCAGGUAUAAUAAAGAUUCUGCAAUCAGACUUUUACCACUAAUUAUCCUUUAGCAGAGCUGGCUGGAGAAUUCUGGGAGUUGAAGUCCACAAGUCUUAAAGUUGCCAAGUUUGGGAACCACUGAAAUAGAAUAAUGUAAAUAUAUGACUGAAGGCUCCAACAUAUCGCUUGCAGGUAUAAUAAAGAUUCUGCAAUCAGACUUUUACCACUAAUUAUCCUUUAGCAGAGCUGGCUGGAGAAUUCUGGGAGUUGAAGUCCACAAGUCUUAAAGUUGCCAAGUUUGGGAACCACUGAAAUAGAAUAAUGUAAAUGUAUGACUGAAGGCUCCAACAUAUCUCUUGCAGGUAUAAUAAAGAUUCUGCAAUCAGACUUUUUCCACUAAUUAUCCUUUAAGAGUUAUAGGGGAGUAAUUUCGGCCCCGAAAAGCAGAGCAAUAUUGAAUACUCUUUUGUUUUUUUCUAUCAAUUUCAGCUUUGUGAACUUUUCUAGGCUCAAAAUGUUCAAAAUGUUAGCAAGAGUAACACAUCAAGAAGAAAAAAGACACUUUGUAGAAACAUAAGAUUUUGAAGUACAUUCUGUAUCAUAGUAUUGCCUUAUUUUUUAUCAAUCCUCAAAAAUAAAAAAAAUGUAUCCGUGGGAAACUCAGGGCAGAUUAAUAGUCCUGGGCUAUAUAUGUAUGAGGAAGUGUUAUGAUAAAUAUUGUCUCUUAUGCUGUCUAAAAUGCAUUGUUGCAAUAUUUAUACUAAUAUGCUACACUACUACAUUAUAGCACUAUAGUAAUACAGUACUAUAUUUGCCAUGCUUGUAGUACCGAUGUACAAUAUAAGUACAAUUUGAUCUCUUGUUACGGUUG